AUCAUGUUACUACAUCCCUAAGAAGAGAGGAGAGGUAGGCUUAAAACUAGAACAGACAGUACAAAGAUCCCUGUUGCAGAGGUUCAGAAAGAUGUCAAACUCCUGUGGUCUGCUCACUAUCCAGAAAGAACCAGUUCCCCUGAAGAGCAUUGAGGUGGAGCUGGAGGUGAGGGACCAUGUGGCGACAGUGGUCUCUACUCUGAACUACGAGAACAAGGAGGACAAACCUCUGGAGGCUGUUUUUGUCUUCCCUCUGCCUGGAGACGCUGCUGUCUGUCACUUCAGUGCUCAGAUUGGACAGACACAGAUUAUAGCUGUGGUUAAGGAGAAACAGCAGGCUCAUGAGGAGUAUGAUGAUGCGCUGAGCUCCGGUCAGCAGGCCUUCCUGUUAGAGGAGAGCGAGCAGAGUCCAGAUAUAUUCACUCUGARUGUGGGCAGUCUGCCUCCAGGAGASWGCGCCUCCRUCAGGCUGGAGUACGUCACUGAGCUGGCUGUGCAGGCGGAUGACGGGCUGAGGUUUUGUCUGCCUGCUGUGCUCAACCCUCGCUACCAACCUCAAGGUAGUGAAGGUGCCAGUGUGCAGGUGACCUCUGUUCCAGCCUCUCUGGUUCCCUACAGUCUGUCUUUUUCUGUCCGAGUGUCGUCUCCUCGUCCAGUCUCUAAACUUUUUGUCUUCACUGACGGAGAGGUGUGCAAYACCAAAGAAGUGAUCAAUCUGGUGAAGAAGAAUUCAGGUUCCCACAGGUGUUUCUCUUUUGGCAUCGGGGAAGGGGCCAGCUCUGCUCUUAUCAAUGGGUUGGCCAAGGAAGGAGGAGGUCAUGCUCAGUUCAUCACAGGAAGUGACAAGAUGCAACCCAAAGUGAUGCAGUCGUUGAGAUUUGCUCUGCAUCCAGCAAUGGAGGACAUCUCGGUCACAUGGGAUUUGCCAAAGGGAGUGUCUGUCACUGUUCUCUCUCCACCAAUCACAGCAAUUUUCCAGGGUCAGAGGACACUGAUUUAUGCACAGCUCACUGGACUGAGUUCAGAAGUAGCAGAGGGCUGUGUGACGAUGCAGUAUAGCCUUGAAGGUCAUCCCUCUCAGAACCAGCUCCACUUCACUCUCAAACCUGCAGAGGACACUGGAUUAACCAUCCACAGGCUGGGUGCUCGGACUCUGAUUUGCUCCCUGGAGAUGGAGGAGAGAUAUGGGGAGGGAAAUGAGAAGGUGGUGGAGCUCAGUGUCCAUUCGGGAGUGAGCAGUUCAUACACGGCCUUCAUUGUUGUCAACAAAGGCAACGGCGAGCCGAUUAGAGGACCUCUGUUGUGCAGGCAUAUCCCAACACUUGAUAUUUUUCUCAAAUCUGGUUUGAUGAGUUUCUAUGAGGAGGAUCCAUGGAGCAGCAUCAUAGGAAAGUCUGUGAAGAAGAAAGUCAAAUCAGUUUUCAGCAGAAUUGGCAAAUACUUCAAGAGUGUCUCACCUCAGAGCGACAGGAAGCAAACAAGUGCAGAAACCUUUGCAUGCAGUGAUGCUGUCAUUGAGCCAGAGCAGCCACCACCCAGAGACCCUUUGCUGCAGCUGGUCUCCCUGCAGAAGGCCUCUGGCUGCUGGCUGCUUGAUCCCGCUCUGGCUGCUGCUGUGGGAAAGACCAGCGACGAGGUGGAGAACACAAAGCCUCCAUCGGUGAACCAGGAAGUGUGGGCCACCAUUCUGGCUCUGAUCUGGCUUCAUGGUUUCAAGAUGGAUGCCAAGCAAGAGUGGGAGCUUCUGGCUAUGAAGGCUGUGUCCUGGCUCCGUGCUCAGAGUGCAUGUGAAGCAGAGUGUGUGGAAGCUGGAAACACACUGUUGGGUUGUGAGGUGCAGAGAAACGUCCUGGGGCUCUGAAGUUACAAUUGAACUGACUAUGCCUUAUUAUUCUUUGUUGAAUUUGCACAGCAUAUGAAAUCAUUCUUGCUUUUUCAGCCAUUUAAUGUUUUAAUUGGAAACUGUUUUCACUUAAACCAAUUAAACUUGGAUCUUUGGACAAAGUGAAAAUAAAUAGCUCAGUCGUGCAGAACUUCAAAAAAACAUGUUGCACCUUUUUCAAGCACUGUACCCAUAUCAUAUAAAUGGGUGAGUACCAAAUUGUUGUUUUUCUUGUUGUUCUAAUCCAAAUUGAAUGACUCUCUGAAAACACUUCCAGUUUACAGUGCACAACAUUUACCGGCCUCCACAUUUCAAAAUCCACAUGGGUCUAAACUUUACUGUCUGUCAUGUGUACUCUGUUUUAAUUACAGCUGUUUUAUUUGGAUCUUAACUUUUGUUCGCUCGAUGUGAAACAAACACUAUCAUCUGCAUAUUCGGUUUAUCUGCUGCCUGCUGAUCAUUGCUUCUGUGUGUGAGAAAAUAAGGAGGAUGGUGCCUACACUUUGUAGUAUCUGUAUUUGGCCACCAGGAGACAGCAAAAGAGCUUUUCUCAUCAAAUUUGAAAACAUAUAAUUUAAUAAAUAAGGACAUUUUUUGGUACCAUUAAGAAUAAAUCAUUGUAAUAAUUAUCUUCAACAAUGUGAAAAUGUACCUUUAAAUAUCCAUUCUCUGUCUUUCAGCUUAUUCACUAAUGUUUUGUUAGUAAAUAUUUUGACGGUUCAGUAUUUGGAUAAGUGUUGCUUCUGUAAGUUUAUUGAUAUUUAAGUAUUGUCAUUCUACUUUCUUUUCAAAAGUGGAGCUGGGCUGAUCUUCAUCCCCAGCAACUGACAGUAAUUAACUGGUCAGAUGCAUUUUUUCACACACACAUACAUAUUGUGUGAGACAAUAUCAUCAGAUGUCCUCCUUCUGUUUUCUACCUAAUCAAAUAAUAAGAAUGUUUUUCUUUUAUGUCAUAUAUAAAGAGGCGCUGAGACUGUUCAAACUCAUUAAAUAGUAUUUUCUCUUUGUC